UGCGACUCUAGACGGAAGAAGAUGCUCGAUUGACUAUAGUUGCUUCUUGCGGCUCUGCGUAGGAAGCUCUCCAAGACAAUCUCUUCUCGUCAGAGUUUUUUCCGCUGUGCGCAGAAGAAAUUCGUCAUUCUUAUUGUACAACAAUUUUACAUUGUGUCAUAUCCCACCGGUCUUGAAACAUUCCGGGCAGCAGCAGACUGCUAGGAAUCGAACCCUGAUCUGUUUAAGAUCCUGUCAUAAGUACAAGUGGAUUCAGACCUUGGUUUUUGAAGCGACGCGUGGCCGUGGCUUGAAGACGCAACGCGGCCGAAGAUCUGAAACACGUUCAAGUCUGCAGAAGGAAACAAGCCAUCUCCGUCCAUCCAAAUCGCGCAUGGUAGAUCAUCAUGUCGGACAAAGCGACUCCAGCCCAAAACGUGAGCCCGAUCGAGCAGGUCGCCGUGCAACCCAAGGGCUCCACGUCAGCACCCUUAGAUGAAACACGACCUGCAUCUUCAGCUCAUCAAUCAUCCGGUCUCCAUGGAGUCGUACAUCUCAUCGGCGCCGAUCCCUCCGAGCAAGCGCCCAUCCAAACUACCGUAGCGGAGCUUGAACAGCAACACGGAGGCAAAUUCAGCUACUUCAAGCGACCGCAAUUUUGGAUCGUAUUGAUCCUCUCGCAGUUGUUGGCUCUGACGAACACGGGCACGAGCACUAUCUCUACACUACUGUUCAAUGGAGGCUGGGCGAAUGCGUCAUUCCAAAGCUUGCUGGUGUACAUUCUGCUCAAUCUAAUCUACACCAGCAUCACCAUCUACAAAUACGGCAUCAAGGGCUGGUUCCAGGUCAUCGUCAAGGAUGGCUGGAAGUAUUUCAUCCUGGCAUUUUUUGAUGUAGAAGGAAACUAUUUUAUCGUUUCGGCGUUUCAGUACACCAACCUGCUUUCGACCCAGCUGAUCGGUUUCUGGGCCAUCGCCACCGUCAUGAUAGUAUCCUUCUUCUUCCUCAAGGUUCGCUACCAUAUUGCGCAGAUCGUCGGAAUCCUCAUCUGCUGCGGCGGCCUCGGCGUGCUCAUCGCCUCGGAUCGUAUUCGCGGUGCCAGCCCCUCUGAAGCCGCGAACCCGCUCAAGGGCGACCUCUUCGCUUUGGUUAGCGCGACGGCGUACGGUCUGUCCAACGUUGGUCAAGAAUUCCUUGUCUCCAAGAGACCAAUGUACGAAGUCAUCGGCCAGCUGGGGUUCUGGGGACAAUUCAUCAUCGCGGUACAAGGUGCCAUAUUCAACCGCGAUGACUAUGCAAAUUCCAUCUGGACCCCGCAGGUUGGCGGGUACCUCAUCGGAUACACGCUGCUCUUGACGUGGUUCUAUACCGGCGCUCCAAUUGUGUUUCGCAUGGCGUCGGCCGCGUUUUUCAACAUCGGUCUGCUCACGGCGAACUUCUGGGGGUUGAUCGUUGCAACUGCCGUGUUUGGAUACACCGUGCAUUUCCUCUAUCCAGUGGCGUUUGUCUUGAUUAUGAUCGGACAUUUCGUGUACUAUGGUACUGAGGGUGUCCUUGGUGAGGCGAAGAAGCCUUGGUUGGGUGAGAACCAGGAGGGUGGCGAUGAUGGCAUUGGUACCGCGAGACGGAAGCUGCAGAACCCCAAUGUCACGGUUUGAGAGUCGGUUCUAAAUUUUUUAGGUCUUGCAUAGAUAAUUGGCGUUGGUUGAUGUUCUGUCAUGACGUACAGAAUUUGAAUAUGUUUCUCUUCCACCAUUUGCCGUGCUGGUAUCCUCUCUGGCGUGUUUGUUGUUGGAGUAGAGCAGCCCCGUGAUCAAGAUGAUGAAAAGCCUCGGACGCGAAAUUUCGGAAAAUAUGUUGGUUGCGCUCGCUCUGUUUCACGACUCAUAACCCUCCUUGCAUUGCAAACGAAGAUAUGAUCAAUACGAGAGCAUUGGCCACGCCCCAUGAGAAUGGGAUCCAGGUCGACAUCUU